AUGGUGAAUACCAGAAGCAGGAAUGAUGCUACUGGACCAAGUGUUACUAACCCGAAUAACAAUGUGAAUGAGGGUCCAACUCCAGCUGAGUUGGUUGAUUUGCUAUGUUUAGUUAAUAAUGAGUUGACACGGACCAGACAAGAGUUGCAAGAAGUGAGGACUAAAAGGGAUCUUUUGUUGAAUCAGCCUAAAAGAUCGGUAGAGAGUUACCCUCGCCGAAACCGUCAGUAUGAAGAGCCAUCUCCUACUCGUAGCGGUACAGGUAUUACUCCUUCGGUUCAUUCUAUUCGCCGAAGGGACGACAGGGUUCGUAACGAUGGGGAUGAUAUGGAUGGUGGUGGAGUUCACAAGAGCAUCAUGAUGGCGGUUGAGAUGACAUUCGAGGCAAGUAAUUGCCCCGAAAAUAAAAAGGUGGUAUUUUCUGCAAAGAUGCUUGAUAAAGAUGCACUUGAUUGGUGGGAUACUCGUAUUCAGCCACAAGGUUCCCGUUAUAUUGCUAGCUUGACUUGGGAAUCAUUUGUUGAGUUGUUCAAGAAAGAGUUCUGUACUGAGUGGGAGCUGCAAGCUUUGGAGUCUGAGUUUCUUGAGAAGCUUCGAUUUUGUAAACACUUGUAUCCUAAUGAUUCUUCACAGGUGAACAGAUAUGUUACUGGUCUUCCUGCUGAUUACCGUCCUGUGAUAAGGAUGCAACCGACUCUCCGAAAGGCGGUUGACUUGGCAAAAUCUAUUGAGCAUGAUAUGAGGUAUAAAGGGAGGAAAGACACUUCUUCUGGGUUUAAGAAGAAAUUUGAUGGUGCAUCUAGAUCAGGGUCUUCAAAGAAGCAUAAGGGUGGGUCUUCAAGGGAGAAUGAUACUAAGCAGGCAGGUAAUUGGUGUGCUCGUUGUAGGUCCAAGCAUAGUGGACCAUGUUCUAUCAGCACCUUGAGUUGUAGUAAGUGUACAGGUAUGGGGCAUUUUGCUAAGGAUUACACAGCCGAGCCCCGUUGUCAUUAUUGUAAGCAGACAGGGCAUCAGAGGUCAGAUUGUCCGUUGUUGAAGACUGCACAUAAGAAGAAUGAGCGACCGAAGACUACAGCUCGUGCCUUCAACAUGACUGCUGAACUUGCUCGAGCCGAUGAUGAGGUAGUUAGAGGUACCUUUAUUAUUAAUUCUUCUCUUGCUAAUGUGUUAUUUGAUUCUGGUGCAAAUAGAUCUUUUGUGUCUACUUUAUUUGCUCCUAAGCUUGGUGUAGUAACUCGCCCGUUAGAUAACCCGAUCAAGGUAGAGAUAGUUGACGGUCGUACUUCUAUGGUUCGUGAUGGGUUCUUUGAUUGUUCUAUAGAGAUAGAGGGUCGUUCUUUUUCUAUUGACUUGUUGCUUACUACCGUUGCUGGCUUUGAUAUUGUUGUGGGUAUGGAUUAG